ACAGUCCAAAAACAUGCUGAGGCUAAUUGGACUUGCUAAAUUGCCCGUAGGAAUGCAUGUGAGAGUGAAUGGUGUGUGAGUGUGCCCUGCGAUGGGCUGGCCCCCCAUCCUGGGUUGUUCCCUGCCUCGUGCCCAUUGCUUCCGGGAUAGGCUCCGGACCCCCCGCGACCCAGUAAGAUAAGCGGUUUGGAAAAUGGAUGGAUGGAUAUAUUACAACAACGCAGAACACAGAUAAUCGCCCCAAGCGUAUACUCCAGAUGACGCUUUCUAUAUAGACACGUGAUUUUCCCUAAGACGAUUGGCCAAGGAGUAAGGCGCACGAAUUGUUAUGAUUGGCUGCAUUACUUACGUCGCGAGGGAAUUUCGAACAGAAGCGAGGAUCGCUGACGUACGCUUGCGCGGGAGACGCAGAAAAUGGCUGAGUGUGGGAUUGAAGCAAUGCCGCUGUCUCCCGAGACUCUGAAACUGUACGAGGCUCAGUUCUUCGGCUUCACACCGCAGACCUGCAUGCUGCGGGUCUACAGCGCCUUCCAGGACUGCCUGCAUGAUAUCCUGAUGACUGUGGAGGCCGUUUUCGUGAGAAAGCUGGCUGGGGAAAAGCCACCAGAGAAGCUGAGCCAGCAGGCCAGGGAGUGCACAUCUAAGUUGCAUGCAUUUCUGCAGGAGCGCAUCCAGCGCCUGUCCAGUCGCAUGGAUGCACUCCUGGUGGACAGCGUGCUGUCAAUCCCUCCCAACGUGCUGCUGCCUGAGGAUGGCCCACAUAAGGAGCAGCCUCGGGACAUGAAGGAGCUGCUGGAACUGGAGGGGGAGCUGGCACAGCUGCAGCAGUGCUACCAGGCGGAGGUGUGUGCCAGACAGGCCCUGCUGGCUGAACUGGAAGAGCAGAGGGAAGUGCAGGAGGACCUGGACAACCUGUUGCGGUGGAUUGGGGAGCUGCGGGCAUCCUGGAUGCAGGGGGGCCUGGGGGACGUGCAGGAGAGCCUCACCUUUAUGACACGGACCGUGAAACAUGUGCGAGAUGUGAUGCAAGGAAUCACGCAGAAAAGUAGUAUGCUGGAUCAUCACUGAUCUUAAGAUUAAAAUGGAUUUAAUUUUAUCCCCUGGGGCGGUGGGGGUUCUGCGAUCGUAGGGUGUUUCUUGUUUGUUUAGUCAAAAAAAUAAUAAAUGUCUUUCUGUGGUUAUACUAAAAAGAAUCAAGAUCGAUUUA